AUGGCCAGAUCCAAGAACAAGAGAAAGCAGCCACCGCACUCAGCUGAUGUCCCAUCAUCCAAGAAAACAAAAACCACAACCAUCACCCCUCCACCAGAACAAGGAUCCCAAGAACCCAAAACCAUCCAGAGCAUUGGCCUCACCGAAGAGGACCUCGAUCUCGCAAUUGACACCCUCACAACCCUGGCCGAAAAUCCCAGCGUCAUCAAAUCGAAAGCAUGCAAAGACUUACGAACAGCCGUCUACGAUUUUCGCCAGGCGUGCACGACGGGUUUCAAUGCCGCCCUUGACACGAACCUCACUGCGCGGAUCAGUGGCGCGCUUGCGGAUGGUGGAUACACUGAGGCGCGGAUCAUGCUGGCGGAGAUGAGGAUCAGAGGGCAGAGGCCGAAAUUAGGUGCGCUGUGUCGGUGGGUGAGGGAUCUGGAUGUUGUGAGUGGGCUGGCGGAGCAGUUGGCUGGUGAGGAGAGAUCAACCAAGGAGGUAGAGCUACUGAUAGUUCUGGACGCCAUACUCAGACUUACUGGACCGACGGACUUCACUUCCGAGGGACAGGCUGUUUCUGGGCCCAUUGUACCAAGAGAGGCCUGGGAUUUAAGGGAUGGCAGGAAGAACAGACAGGUCUAUGAUUCGGUUCUGGAUCGAAGCAUCUUCGAAUGCUUACCUGCCGGCCACAAAUCGCAGUUCCGGAUUAUCGAGACGACUCCUGGAAUUGAGCGGAGACCUGCGAACCACCACCCUGCGAUCCUACGUGCGUCGAGAGAUGAUGCUAUACGUCUGUCCCCUGAAUUUCCGAAGCCGUCACAUCACAAACAUCCAAUCGUCCCGAAUUUACACCUCUUAAAAGACGUUCUAUCGCCUGGCGAGUGCGAGCAGAUUAUUGCUACUGGCGAAUCAAUCGGAUUUACGCCUGAUGCUCCAAUUCGCGCAGAGGGGGAGGAGAGCAGUGUUCUGGCACACAACUUCUACUGGAUUGUCGACAACGCUUUCCAUGACAAGCUUUGGGGAAGAGUAGCAGAAUUUCUACCGGAAUCAGUAGGUGGAAAGAAAGCUCGGGGCUUGAAUCGUCGAUUCAGGGUUUACAGAUACGUUCCUGGUGCCGAGUACAGAGCCCAUAUUGAUGGUGCCUGGCCCCCAUCAGGAAUCGACCCAGAGACCGAUAAAUACAUCUACGAUUGCUCCCCUGUUGGAGGAAAGCAAUCCUCGCUUUUCACAUUUCUCAUCUACCUGAGCGAUGACUUUGAUGCCGGAGAAACGACCUUUUUUUUACCGAGCGCGAGAGAAGGAAGUAUGAACGCGUACCCUGUAAAGCCGAUACAGGGAAGCAUAGCACUGUUCCCGCACGGCGAGACAGAUGGCAGCUUACUACAUGAAGGCACCGGCGUACGAAAAGACGAGAAGCCAACCGCGAAGUAUGUCAUCCGUACAGACGUGCUUUACGAUUGCGACAUGAAGAUAUCUACAGCUAGAGACGUCGACGCAUAG